AUGACCCCCGCUGCCUUCCUGGGGAGGGAGGGGUACAACCAGGAUGGCCAAGGAGAACAGUACUACGAGACUGGCAGCAUCCGACCUGGAGUGAUAGGGGGCUCAAAGCCCAAGGUGGCCACCCCCAAGGUGGUGGAGAAGAUCGGGGACUACAAACGGCAGAACCCGACCAUGUUUGCCUGGGAGAUCCGAGACCGGCUCCUGGCCGAGGGCGUCUGUGACAACGACACUGUGCCCAGUGUCAGCUCCAUCAACAGAAUCAUCCGGACCAAGGUGCAGCAACCGUUCAACCUUCCCAUGGACGGCUGCGUGGCCACCAAGUCCCUGAGCCCAGGACACACGCUGAUCCCCAGCUCAGCCGUGACGCCCCCAGAGUCUCCCCAGUCCGAUUCUCUGGGUUCAACCUACUCCAUCACCGGGCUCCUGGGGGUCGCGCAGCCUGGCAGCGACAGCAAGAGGAAACUGGACGACAGUGACCAGGACAGCUGCCGGCUGAGCCUUGACUCCCAGAGCAGCGGCAGCGGGCCCCGCAAGCACCUCCGCACGGACGCCUUCAGCCAGCACCACCUUGAGCCGCUCGAGUGCCCCUUUGAUCGGCAGCCGUACCCAGAGGCCUACGUCUCCCCGAGCCACACCAAAGGCGAGCAGGGCCUCUACCCGCUGCCGUUGCUCAACAGCGCCCUGGACGACGGGAAGGCCACCCUGACCCCUUCCAAUACACCCUUGGGGCGCAACCUCUCGACUCAUCAGACCUACCCCGUGGUGGCAGAUCCUCAUUCACCCUUCGCCAUAAAGCAGGAAACCCCCGAGGUGUCCAGUUCUAGCUCCACCCCUUCCUCUUUAUCUAGCUCCGCCUUUUUGGAUCUGCAGCAAGUCGGCUCCGGGGUCCCAGCAGGUGCCUCGGUCCCGCCCUUCAAUGCCUUUCCCCAUGCUGCCUCCGUGUACGGGCAGUUCACGGGCCAGGCCCUCCUCUCAGGGCGAGAGAUGGUGGGGCCCACGCUGCCUGGAUACCCACCCCACAUCCCCACCAGUGUACAGGGCAGCUAUGCCUCUUCUGCCAUCGCAGGCAUGGUGGCAGGAAGCGAAUACUCCGGCAACGCCUAUGGCCACACCCCGUACUCCUCCUACAGCGAGGCCUGGCGCUUCCCCAACUCCAGCUUGCUGAGUUCCCCGUAUUAUUACAGUUCCACAACAAGGCCAAGCGCGCCACCUACCACUGCCGCGGCCUUUGACCAUCUGUAGUUGCCAUGGGGACAGUGGGAGCGACUGAGCAACAGAAGGACUCGGCCUGGGACGGGCCCCAGAGAGUCACACAAAGGAAUCUUUAUUUAUUACAUGAAAAAUAACCACAAAUCCAGCAUCACGGCUCCCUCCCCGUGUGGUUGAUUUAAUGAACCAUGAGAGACCGGACGACGUUGGAGAAGGCCACGCUGUCCUCCAGGACUCCUUAAUGAGGGGCAGGAGUCCCAGGGGGACAGAACCGUCCCGUUCCAAAGAGACAAAAUUGGAGGAGAAGUGGGGAGAGAAGAGGGGACAGCCAGAGGCUUGAGAGGGACGGCAUACGGGGCCCACGACGGGGUCAGGGGCACACAGAGGCACCUCUGUGGCCCCAUCACCGACACGCUCUAGCAGCCGCGGGCUGUAAGCGCUUCGGUCCAGCCCACGAGCCACAGCGGGUGCGAAGGCUCUCCCGCACCGCCGCCCGGAGACGCACCACCUUCUCUGGGCAGCUUGCCUGGCGCUUUCCACUCCUCUCCCUCUUGGCCCACAGGCUGAACCCUGGGUCCAGCCAACCAGGAGCUCUGCCCGGUGGUCAAGGUGGUCAUCCGCCUUCCUUUUACCUGCUGCGGUGAAUGUAGGAGCUCCGUCCCAGAGGCUCCCCACCACGGAGCCACCCCUUGGCGGCCAGACCUCAGCCUGGCCGAGCCUACUGCAGCUUGAGACAGACAUUCCGAAGCCCCUGGGCUCCUGGGGGUGGGGUGCAGCCCUGCCCAGGGCGGAGCCAGGCACCAUGGCUGGGGACCCGCCUCCCCUCCCAACAGCCCUGCCGAGCCCACAGCUACCCCCCAAAGCCAGCCAUGGCGGUUUCCUCUCUGGCUCCCACCGUGCCUGCCCUCCGCUCCCCAGGCCCGACUGUAAAUACUGUAAAUGAGGGUCUGCUUGAGCCCAGCUGCCGUCUUCCUCUCAGUGAACUGUCUCCCUGCCAUGUCGGGCUUCUCCCCCUGACGCUUCUUUUUUUUUUUAAAGACAACCACCACUGCCACAAGACUCAAUAAACCAUUACUCUUGGUCUCCAGCUUUGGGGUUGGCUGGGGAAGGAGGCACCUCAGGACUGGGUUUUUUCUCCAGAGAACCUCAGAGCCCAGUGGCCAGCGAACUCACUUUGGGGGCCGGGCAUUGAGAGGACCACGAAUGCCCAAGGGAGGGAGCCCCUGACUUAGCAUUCGCCCUCUGCCCCAGAGACAUGUUCAGCCCCGGGCAAAUCACGUAUCCCAAGCUUUGACUGUGCCAACUCUGAGUAAAUGCGAGCAUAAAAUAAGCACGUGGCCCAGUGCCUGGCCAAUCACAGACUCCCCACAGGUAGCUGCUGUUGUUAUUAACAGGAAGCCAGAGAAUCCGCCGGGAAGGUUGGAGGCAGAUCCGGGAAGCUGGAGCCCACAUAAACAGCUCUUAGGAUCCCUGAGGUGUGAGAGGAGGGAAGGGAGAAGACAGUUCCUGGGCUCUGCCGGAUGGGGCCUCACGUAAAUUAAGCUGCCAUUUGCCCUAUUUUACAUAUGGAGAAACUGAGGCUCAGAAAAAAAUGAAAUAACUUGCCCAAGGCAGGAAGUAGUAGAUUCAAUCAAGUCCUCUUACUUUAAGUCCAGCACUUUCACCCAACAGCACAGGGCUCUCAUCAGGGAUGCCAGGGGGCUUCUAGACCCAAGGGAGGUUCUGAGACUGCCACCGAGAGUUUAAUUUUGGGGGGUUUGGUUCCUAAGUAUUUGGCAAGACUGUGCAGUCAGGAAGCUGAGGCCAGGAAGGGGUGAGGGAGCUACUCUAAGGACUUAGGACAACCCCCUUCUGUGAAAUUUUAGAGGACAAGUCACAACGGUGACUGCCAGGUCUCUGCCUCCAAGAGGGUGCCUGGCCCACCAGUGGCUGCCUGGUGUCUGCGUGGACCCUUUCCGUGAGGGACCCAGCUGGAGCCGGGGACAGGAUGCCCAGAUUAAUGCCGACAGCUACGCAGAUAACAGCUGAGGUUGAGUCAGGUGGGGGAGGGGCUUCCUCAUCCCCCACUAGCACCGCAACCAGGGGCUCCCAGGCUGGGAGGGCAGCGGCUGAGAGACGGGCCUCUGACCUCCCUGGUCCUCCCAAAGGAGAGGCGAGGAAUGCUCGCUGCGGAUGGCAUAGACGAGUGGGCCCCCCACAAAGACCAGUCCCCGUGACUUCUGAGCGGAUCUGAGAUGAGGCUCAGUUUCCAAUAACAGGAUAUUCCUCCAGCCACGAACAAUGGUGGCAGGACUGCAUCCCAUUAUAUCUGGGUUCCUGAGAGCCCUAAGGCAGGCCCCACCCAGGAAUCACCUUGAGGUGGAUGGUGCCCACCAGAGCCUGCAGAGCGAUCCUUCCUAUUCCCGGCCAAACCCUUUCUGGGGACCCUGGUGCGCUGGCAGCCUCUCCAAGCCCUGAAUGACAAAGGGACCUGGGCUGCGCUUUUGCGGGCUGACCGUGGUUCAGCGCUCCCCUUCCUUCUCGGAGGUGAGCUGAGCCCCCCGGGACACUCUGCUCAGAGCAGAUGUCGGUGAGUGUGAGGCAGGUCCUGGCCAGUAGCGCUCCAGACACUCCGUCCACAGUCAAACCACGGGUCCCCCUUCGGGGCUUGGAAAAUACAGCCGUCUGUGUGCUUGGGGGGAGAGAUGAUCUCAGGUGCCCUGACAUCAGGGGUGGUGUUGGGACAAGUUGGCGAGGUACAUGACGGGGUCGUGGUGAAGAAAGAGUAUGAGGGGAAGGGUGGGGAGGACAGGUGUUGGGAGGCACAGAUGAACAGGAAGCGGCUUUCCUGCUGGGGAGUGUGGGAAGUAUCCGUGGGUAGCUGUGUGGGAAGUGGCAGAGAGGUAGUUUACUCUGUAGCAGGGUCGAGGCCCUGGGUUUUCUGAAGGCAUAUGGGAGCAGUGCGUGUGUUGGUGGGAGAACUGGGGACGAAGCCUGGGCCCGAGGCGUUCGCAGGGCAGCGAGGGCCCUGCCUCACCGCCCCCCACCACGCCCCAUCCCCAUUGCACCCUGGAACCAUCCCUCUCACUGCCUGUGUGGAGAGUCUUCCUCAGCUUUCCAGGCCCUACUCCCCGGUCUGUCAUCCCUACCCUUCCUCCUCCAGUGGCCCCUGCCCUCCUGGCAUUGGCCAGGAGAGCCCAGGGUGCCUGGAGCUCAGCGGUCUGUGUGGGCCAGGCAGCCCCUGCAUGGUGGUGCGUUUCCUGCUGGGAGACAGAGCAGCUAGAACCCUACCUGGGCCCACCUAGUGGGGCAGAACACACCUUUCUAAGGUGGACUGGAGCUGCUGUGACCCUCUGGCCCCUACCCCAUGGCCUGCGGCAGGGGGAGGCAGGGGCGGCUAGGAGUCCUGCCCCAAGGCCAGCCCCUCCUGUCUCUUCGCCAAUAUUCUUGGCUUUGGUUGUUACUAAAAAACACGUACCUUCUGCCCGUCGUGUGCCAGACACACACUCAACCCUCACAACCACCUCAGGUGAGAGGAGAGUGUGGCCACAGUCUACAGAUGGGGAAGUAGGAGGCCAGAGAAGGUGAGGGGCUUGCGAAGGUUUCCCCUCUCCCGCUGUCCUCACCAUCCUCCUGGCCCCCUCCCCAAAUACUCACAACUUUUCCCACCAGCGUCUUCCUAAGGCUCGUCCUUUGGGGGUGGGCACAGGACAAGGGGGCUGGAGACCUCGGGGUCCCGAGUCAGUGCCCUGAGCUUCAGCGGGGAUUGGCGCUCCCUCCCUGGCCCUCCCUGAACUCCCCCAUCCUCAGAAGAUAGAAUCACCCUUCUCCCAUAGGCUUAGUCUCCGUCUGUUUACAAAACUCAUUCCCAUCCAUUUGUGUCUCCGAUUCUGCACAUCGGCCCCGUUUUGCCCUUGGGGAAACUGAGAGCAAGAGAUGACUGGAUCUUUCAAGGUCGUUCAGAGGAGCUGGGGCCACAGCCCGACCCCUAAUCUAAGGCCAACUCUGCAUCCCAAUCUAAGCCCUUGAGUAGCUGGAUGUGGCCAGGCUUCUGCAGAGACCUCAGGCUCCCAUCACUUUGUAGGGAGUGACAGAGUUACGGGGCCGCCUCCUUGACCCUUAAUGUCCCCCCAGGCCGCCCCUUCUCCAACUUUUAGGGUCAUAAAGCAUUUCCACCGCAGGCAGGGGUCUGAUUGUUCCUCUGCCUCAGUUUGUGAGACACCCGCAGACAGGGAGUGACCCAGCCUGCUACCUGCAGCUGCCGCGGUGAUUGUGAUGAAAGCAUCCCAGCCCACAAAGGCCGCCUCCUCUCUUUCCCUCGCACCUUUCUCUUUCCUUUUCCCACCUCUUUUAAUCUCAGCAGUCCCUCUUCUGCUGAGUCCGAAGCAAUUAUUCCUUUGAGAGACCUUUGUGUCUGCAGUGAAUGGUGGGGAGGGCUUAGACUUUCCCCGUGUCUGCUCAGAAAUGCUGGAAGCAUUUCUCCCUCCUUCCAUCCCUUCCGCUUGCUUUCUUACUCUUCUCAUUACUUUAUUCUCCUCCUCUGGCUCUUGGGGGCUCUCAGGACACGGAUGCUGGAGGUCCUUAUCUCCUGAUGGCAGAUCCCGAUUCCCUACUGCUCCCUGCUCGAGCGCAUGCACCCACACACACCACCAGCAACCCCAUCGCCACAUCUCUAAGCCCCUCAAACCAAACCCGGUGCCUGGCUUCCUGGACAAAGCUGGAGGGAGCAAGGAAGGCCGGUCCCCGCCCCGGCAGCAUCCUCCCCGGACGUCCCCCUAUCUCCUUCUCUCGCUGAGCUGAGCGGCAAAGGCUAAGCCCCAGCUGCUGAGAGGCUGCCCUGAGAUUUGGGGCGAGGGCUGGGGGAAGUGGGGCUUUGUUUUGGGGGAGAAGGGAGGUCAGGGCCCAGCUCCUCUGCAUCUGUACCCGGUGGCAGCCGGCCAGGCUGGGGAGGGAAGCGCUGCCUCCGGCUCUCCCAGGGAAAUGUGAUUUCCCCUUGAGUGAAGCAGACUGUGCAGUGUGGAAAUUGGCUCUUUUCUGAGUGAGUGGCGUCUGUUCUGGAGUCGGGGGCGGGCUGGGGCCCACGGGAGGCCGCGCUGGCCCCUGGAGUGAGCCCGGAGCAGCCAUGUGCUGAGAACUCAUUAGGGAUAAAUCAAACUAGUACCAGCAUGACGCCAACUCCCUUCCCCCCACCGCGCCUCCCGGCGCCCCCCUCCUCUGAGACGCCCCACUUCCCCUCCCCCUCCUCUCCAGCCAAGGCAUCCUCCCCCGUGUAACGGGAGCCCAAGCCCACACGUGCGUGCGCACCAUCACACACGCAGCCCUGCCUUGAAUGAGAACCGCUUUCAUUUACAAAUAAAUCUUUUUGUUUGUUUUA